CAUCUUCCUCAACAGGGCUGUCGCCUACGUCAUUUAUUGACGUCGGCCGAAAUAUAGCUUAGUGGUAAUUUUUAAAUUCAGACACAAGAGCGCUAAAUCUGAAAUAAAAUUCAAUAAAAUGUGAAAUCACACCAACCGAUUGGUGACGCAAGGUUCGAUAAUACUUGCUUUUAUCUCAAAACUCGUUAGCGUUUUGGAAUACGGAGGGGCAAACAAGGUCGGGUUGGGCUAUGCUACAUUUUAGCAAGUAGCCAAUAUUACUCAAAGCAGGGUAGUUGAUGCUUAAGGUAUCCAUUUCAUUUGAUAUUUACUGUGUCACUUUGUCGAUGCAACGUGGUGAGUUAAAUAUUUAUGUCAAAGAAAAUUAAGCCUCCUCUAGCUGUAUAAAUUAGCGCCACAUCUCUUAACUGCGGCAUGCUGCUUCUGAAAUAAUUAAGACUGAACGCAGGCAAUGACCUGCUAGUUUUGUAUUUAGCUUGUGUUAGCCGCCUCUGGUAGCAUUCAUUGAAGUAGGUUGGCCUUUCUCAUCACAUUGCAGAUUGUACGUGCACGCUUUUGAUCCGUUUUGGCAACCUUACACUUUAGGACUAUGACGCCGCGCUUACAGUUGGAGAAAGCGGCUUGGCGUUGGGUUGAGUCUGUAAAACCUGAAGAAAUCAGUCAGGAGCAUAUAGAGCUAGCAUACCGCAUCAAUCUUCCGGCCUGCAAGAGAGGAACCUGCAGGAGGAACUGCAAAGGCAAUCCCAAUUGCCUUGUUGGCAUUGGUGAACAGACGUGGCUCGGAGAGAUUGAUGAAAAUGCUUUUCACAAUAUUGAUGACCCAAACUCAGAGCGCCGAGAUAAGAACACGUUUGUUGGUUUGACCAAUCUGGGAGCUACGUGUUAUGUCAAUACCUUUCUCCAAGUGUGGUUCCACAAUCUUGAGCUGCGAAGAAGCCUCUAUCAAUGCUACAAUUCCCGUGCACAGGAACAUAAUACAGAGUCAGAUUAUGAACCUCAGUCCAUUUGUGAGCAUCUGCAGUACUUGUUUGCACUUUUACAAAACAGCAACAGAAAGUACAUUGAUCCUUCUGGGCUGGUUAAAGCUCUUGGCCUAGACACUGGGCAGCAGCAAGAUGCCCAGGAGUUUUCAAAGCUCUUCUUGUCCUUGUUGGAAGACACAUUGUCCAAGCAGAAAAGCCUCACUCUGCAAAAUGUUAUUCAGCAGCAAUUCUGUGGACAGUUCUCAUAUGUAACUGUCUGUAACCAAUGUGGGCGAUCAUCUGCACGGCCCUCCAGAUUCUACGAAUUGGAAUUAAACAUUCAGGGCCACAAAAAUCUUACUGACUGUGUUACAGAGUUUCUAAAGGAAGAAAAACUGGAUGGAGACAACCGUUACCUCUGUGAAAACUGUCAAAGCAAACAGAACGCUACCCGGAGAAUAAGACUGCACAGUCUCCCUCCGACCCUCAACCUGCAACUCAUGCGCUUUGUCUUUGACAGACAAACGGGCCACAAGAAGAAACUCAACACUUACAUCAGUUUCCCUGAGCAACUAGAUAUGGCACCAUUUUUUGAAGUAACGAAAGAUAAGAAGUGCGUGUACGAACUGAGUGCAGUGCUGAUUCAUCGUGGCGUCAGUGCUUACUCGGGACACUAUAUUGCCCAUGUGAAAGACGCUCGUACCAGUGACUGGUACAAAUUCAAUGAUGAAGAAAUUGAAAAGAUGGAAGGCAAGAAGUUGCAGUUGGGUACGGAAGAUGAUUUUGCUGAAACAGUGAAGUCUCAGACACGAAAGCCCAAGUGCAGCAAAGGUUACCACUGCUCCAGAAAUGCCUACAUGUUGGUGUACAAGAUCCAGGAAGAGGAGACCAUAGAUCCCUCUAAGACCACAGUUCAAGUGCCUGAAUUCCUUCAGCGACUGGUGGACCAAGACAACCAUAAGUUUGAAGAGUGGUGCAGUGAAAUGUCGGACAUGAGGAAACAGAGUGUCGACAAGGGCAAAGCAAAGCAUGAGGAAGUGAAGGAGCUGUAUGAGCUCUUACCUGCACGAGACGGGGAGCCUUACGAGUUUAUACCACUAGAUUGGUUGAAGAAGUGGUUGGAUGACUCAACUGCCAUAAAGAAAAUUGAUAGCACACACUUCCUGUGUUCUCACGGCAAGCUGCAUCCAGACAAGGUGGGCGAUGUCAAGAGGAUUUCUCAGCCGGCUGGGCAGGUCCUAUACGAGCGCUAUGGUGGGGGGCCAAGGCUGGAUGGCUCUACUCUGUGUCGAGAGUGUGUGGGACAGCGAUGCAGGGUGCUACGUCUUAAGAAUCAACUAAAUGAAGACCACAAGGAAGUCUCUAAUCUAGUCAAACGUACUGUCAGCGAUGAAGGUUACUGGGUAGGCAAGGCAUCUCUGCGCAGUUGGAGACAGCUGGCUUUGAAACAGUUGGAGAAGGAUGAACAUGAAAGUAAACCAAGCAAUGGCGAGAGCAACGGGAAGGGAGAACAUGCUGACAACAACCAAGAAUGCAACCCAGAGCUUUCAGAAGGUAAUGAGGAAGAGAUGAAGACUUUCAACGAGGACAUUGUCUGCACGCACGGCGGUUUGAGUAUUCUGGACACCGAACGCAAGCUGGUAUCUUCUGAAGUUUGGACCAAACUUAGAGCAUACUUCCCAGAAGCCCUAGAAUUUACCCAAGACCAAAGUCCCUGUACGCAUUGUCAGACAUUAGAACAGGAAGAAAAGGACAAUGAGGCCGUGAGUAAGAUGAUGGCUCUGGACCAGAAAAACCAGCUACUCAAUCUUUUCCAUGAGAAGAACCGGCCAACCCUCACCAAGUGGCCUCAGGACACAGAUUUACUUUACGUUGUCCCUCUGUUUUUUGUGGAUGAGUGGAGAAAAUUCAUCAGAAGACCCACUAAAUCUUCUCCAGUGUCUAGUGUGGGCAACAGCCUCCUGGUUUGUCCUCAUGGAGGCUUCAUGUUUACAUACGAUUCCCUCAUUAAUGGAGACACACAACACAUUGCACUGCUCUGGCCCAGUGAAUGGGAGGUAAUCCGCAAGCUCUUUAUUGUGGACCAGCCCAUCUCCAUCCACUGCUUACGACAGUCCUCCCCCACAGGUCUCACCACUAGUUACACAACUCAGCCUGAUCUCUGCUGGGACUGCAGAGAGGGGUUCCUUUUCCAGCAACAGAAAGAUCUUAGAGAGUACACCCAAGCCACCAUUUACAUUCGCAAAAUCAUUGAUGAUAAAAGGAUGAUCAAAGAAGCAGUUCCAGAGCUUACUGCCAGCAGUUCCGAGGCAGAGGAGGAAAAGGAGGAGCAACCGAAGGUAGCUGGUGGGACUGAUCCAGACUUCAGCCAGUCCGAAGAUGGUGCAAAAAGGCUUAAACUAAGUGAUGGGAACGCUGCAGGAGUAACUUCACUAGAAACCAACACAACAAAACUUGGUGGAAUCAGGAGAAGCACUCGACACCGGAAACUCAGAGGCGAAAAAGCCCUCAUUGUUUCUGCAAAUCAGACCCUCAAGGAGCUGAAAAUUCAGAUUAUGCAUGCCUUUUCUGUGGCGCCAUUUGACCAAAACCUCUCCAUUGAUGGAAAAAACCUGACUGACGAUUCAGCGACAUUGGGCAGUUUGGGUGUCAUCCCAGAAAGUAUCAUUUCUCUUAAGGCUGAUGAGCCAAUAGCUGACUUCGCAGCAAUGGAUGAUGUGUAUCAAGUGGGAAUGCCUGAAGAGGGGUUUAAAGGCACUGGACUUCUUGGACAUUAAGGACAAUCGGAGCUGUAACCAUAUUUGGCUUGGACAAGAAAUGUUUGAGGUUAUCAAGUGUCUGUUUAUUAAAAAAAAAGUGUUAUAUUUUUUUCAGUAGCCAUUGUUGAAUGGCGCCUGAUAUUUUGUUCCCCUGCAUUAUAAUGGCAAGCUCUCAAUUAUUGUCUUUGGACUCAUGCUGCACUUCCGCCUGACUGCGGUUAAAGAUGAUUAAGUGGAUAUGCUGGCCUUUUUGUUUAGUACUGCAAUUUUUGUCUUUUGGCAUUGUAAAUUAAGGAAGAGUAUUCAAUACUGUGUUCCAAGAUGUGGAAAAGUGUAUUCUCACUUGAGAUUAUCCAGGUGUGUGAUGUCAAAUGCACAAGUAUGUAAAAAAUAUUUCAUUUUACCUCAAUAUGUAUAGCAGUUAUUUCCUACAGAAAUGUUAGCAGUGCGAACCGUAUUGGUUGAACGUUUGAAACUGAUUGCAAGCAGUGAUGUGUACUGUUAUUUCUUAUUGACAUUAAAAGUUAUUUUUUAAA